AAAAAUGUCAAAAGAAUGGCUUGGUCAAAAUGAAACGGUGCGUUUGAAACGCAACGUUUUAAAAGGACGAAACUUUUCUACUUUCUCGGCCUGGUGAUGGAGUCGCAGGAGUUACCGGAGUGUCCGGUGUGCUUGCAACCGUACGACGGCGUGUGUGCGAUCCCACGGGUGCUCGCGUGUGGCCACACGGUGUGCGAAACCUGCCUUGUAAACCUCCCCCAGAAGCUCCCGGGAGCAAUCCGCUGCCCCGCGUGUACUGUGCUCGUCAAGUACCCUCCAGAGGGCCCCUCGACUCUUCCCAAGAACAUCGAACUCCUCAGACUCAUCCCCGGGUCUGGAAGUACCCGAAAACACGUCAACAAAUCCCCACAUGACUCCCGUGUCCCUUUCCUCCCUCGCUCUUGGUCAGACGAGUUUUACUCCAAUUGGAAAAUCUACAUUCUCCCUAGUGACGCUGUUGAGAGACAAAAAGUAAGUCUUUUGGCCGUUGGGUCUUUUUCAACUGGGGGUGAGGGUGGUUCUGGGUUUACGGCUGGCUAUUUUGUUAGAGUUAUGGAUUGUUUGAGUGGAAUGAAGGAGGGGGAAAGAGAGGAGUUGGGUUUAGUUUUAAGUGCCUUUAAUAAACAAAGUAGUAGAAUUUGUAGGGUUUUGGGUUUAUGGGGUGAUCCUGGAGAUGGGAUUUUGUAUAUAGUGAGUGAGAAGCAAGAAUAUGGGAACUUUUUGGAUAAAAACUUGGGUGCUUUUGAAAAGGAUGGGUUUUUUAAUUUUGCAAUGAUAGGUAUGGAAAUAUGUGAGGCAGUUAUUGCUUUACAUAAAGAAGGGUUAAUUGCUGGUUGUUUAGGUUUUUCUUGCUUUCAGUUUGAUGAUUUUGGGCACGUAUGUCUGAAUUUGAGUGAGGUGUUAUUGAUUGGAAGGGAAGUUCUUGAAGUUGUUGCAAAGGUGGGUUCUAGUGGGAAAAAGAUUGGUGAUGGAGAAAUUGUUUUGUUGAUAACAGAUUUGUUUAAAAGGGAUGUGUUUGUUAGCCCUGAGGUGUUGCUUGAGCUGUCGGAGAAAGAGGGUAUUGUGGUAGAGCGUGGUAGCUCAAGAUAUUCAAUAAGGUAUAGCUCGGAUGUCUGGCUGUUAGGUUGUAUUUUUCUUAGGAUUCUCGUUGGGGAAGUUUUUAGUGAUGAGUUGGUUGAUUACAUGUGUCAUAUUAUUGUGAAAGGAAGUGAAAAUAAUGAAUUGGAUUGUUCAAGUGCUUACAUGAGUUUGAUGGAGAAAGUGAGCUCUUUGUUGGGAACUAAAUUUGGUUCAGAACAUGUGUCAUUGCAACAGAUUCUUUGUAAAUGUUUGGAGUUUAAUCCAAAAAAUCGUUCACUUGUGACAGAUGUGUGGAAAUAUAUUAGGGAGCUGGUUAUUAAACCUCAGUUUGAUAAAAUGGUCAAAUUGGAUGGAGCAAGUUAUGAUGAGAAUAGAGGUCGAUGCUUAGUUGUUGGAAAAUUGUUUCUGUUGUCCAGGGAAAGAAUUGAAAUACAGGAAAAAGAUGUGUCACAAGGAAUGGAAACAAAUGGUGCAGCAAAUAUGGUUAUUGGUCUCACAGAGGGAAGCAUUAAAUCUAAAGAUUUGCAAGGCCAUCUUGAUUGUGUUACAGGAUUAGCUGUUGCAGGUGGUUAUCUGUUCAGCUCCUCCUUUGAUAAAUCAGUCAAAGUAUGGUCUCUGCAGGACUACUCUCAUUUGCAUACAUUUAGAGGCCAUGAGCAUAAGGUCAUGGCUGUUGUCUGUGUGGAUGAAGAACAGCCAUUAUGCAUUAGUGGUGAUAGUGGUGGUGGUAUAUUUGUAUGGAGCAUUAGCAUCCCUUUUGCACAAGAGCCAUUGAAAAAAUGGUAUGAAGAAAAGGAUUGGCGUUACAGUGGAAUUCAUGCUUUGGCAGUUUCAGAGAUUGGAUAUUUAUAUACUGGAAGUGGAGAUAAAUUGAUUAAAGAAUGGUCAUUGCGGGAUGGCACCUUUUCAUGCUCUAUGAGUGGCCAUAAAUCUGUAGUUUCCACGCUAGCAGUGAGUAAUGGAGUUCUUUACAGUGGGAGUUGGGAUGGAACUGUUCGAUUAUGGAGUCUAAGUGAUCACAGUCUUUUGACAGUUUUAGGGGAAGACACAUUGGGAUCUGUGACCACUGUCUUGUCUCUUGCAGCUGACAUGAAUACGCUUGUUGCUGCUUAUGAAAAUGGAUCUGUUAAGAUCUGGAGGGAUGAUGUAUUUAGGAAAUCUAUACAAAUACACAAUGGUGCCAUUUUUACUAUUAGCUUGGAGGGGAAGUGGCUUUUUACAGGAAGUUGGGACAAGACCAUCAAGGCACAGGAGUUAGCAGGAGAUGAUUUUCAGGUGGACGUUAGACCUAUUGGAUCAAUUCCUUGUGAUUCUGUCAUAACAGCUUUAUCUUUCUGGGAAGGGAAGCUUUUUGUAGGUUUUGGUGAUAGGACUGUCAAGGAGGACGUGGGUCGUUUUAAGAAGACUUUGGGUGAUUUUAUUAGCUUAAACUACUGGGUUGUUCGAGAUUAUUAUCGUCUUGUCGACUUUGUUAAUGCACUCGAGCCAGAGAUUCAGAGGCUAUCUGAUGAGCAGCUGACUGCUAAAACUUCUGAGUUUAAGAAAAGGUUGAGUCAAGGGGAUAAUAUUUCCGAUAUUCAAGCUGAGGCAUUUGCUGUUGUUCGGGAAGCUGCAAGAAGGAAGCUUGGCAUGCGCCAUUUUGAUGUGCAGAUUAUUGGUGGAGCGGUACUUCAUGAUGGGUCCAUUGCUGAGAUGAAAACAGGGGAGGGAAAAACAUUGGUUUCCACAUUAGCUGCAUAUCUUAAUGCACUGACUGGUGAUGGUGUCCAUGUUGUAACUGUGAAUGAUUACCUUGCUCAACGUGAUGCUGAGUGGAUGGGUCGAGUUCAUCGCUUCUUAGGUCUUUCAGUUGGGCUUAUUCAGAAGGGGAUGACAGCUGAAGAGAGGAGAAUCAACUACCAAUGUGAUAUAACAUACACCAACAACUCAGAACUAGGCUUUGAUUAUCUUCGGGAUAAUCUUGCUGGAAAUAGUGAUCAACUUGUGAUGAGAUGGCCAAAACCAUUUCAUUUUGCAAUUGUUGAUGAAGUUGAUUCUGUUCUCAUUGAUGAAGGAAGAAAUCCUUUGUUAAUAAGUGGUGAGGCUAGUAAAGAUGCUGCACGUUAUCCGGUUGCUGCUAAAGUGGCUGAGCUGCUAACGAGGGGUCUGCAUUAUAAUGUUGAGCUUAAAGAUAAUUCAGUGGAGUUGACUGAAGAAGGAAUUGCACUUGCUGAGUUGGCUCUUGAAACGAAUGAUCUGUGGGAUGAAAAUGAUCCCUGGGCAAGAUUUGUGAUGAAUGCUUUGAAAGCUAAAGAAUUUUAUCGGCGAGAUGUCCAAUACAUUGUCAGAAAUGGGAAAGCUCUCAUUAUCAAUGAGCUGACAGGCAGAGUUGAGGAGAAACGGAGAUGGUCUGAAGGGAUUCACCAGGCUGUAGAAGCAAAAGAAGGUCUGAAGAUUCAGGCUGAUUCAGUUGUUGUGGCUCAAAUCACCUACCAAUCACUAUUUAAGCUCUAUCCAAAGCUUUCAGGGAUGACUGGGACUGCAAAAACUGAAGAGAGGGAGUUCUUGAAAAUGUUCCAGAUGCCCGUUAUUGAAGUGCCCACUAAUCUUCCAAAUAUUCGUAAAGAUUUACCCAUACAAGCUUUUGCUACUGCUCGAGGGAAAUGGGAGUAUGUUAGUCAAGAAGUGGAAUACAUGUUUAGGCAGGGCCGUCCAGUUUUAGUUGGGACCACUAGUGUUGAGAACUCUGAGUAUCUGUCCGAUCUGCUGAAGGAGAGAAAUAUCCCUCACAAUGUCCUGAAUGCGAGACCCAAGUAUGCAGCAAGGGAAGCGGAAAUUAUUGCCCAAGCAGGCAGAAAGUAUGCUAUAACUAUUUCUACCAAUAUGGCUGGCAGAGGAACUGACAUUAUUCUUGGGGGUAAUCCAAAAAUGCUUGCAAGAGAAAUUAUAGAGGACAGCUUGCUUUCAUUUCUGACAAGAGAAGCUCCUAAUCUUGAAGCCGAUGACAUGGGAAUUUCAAAAAAGGUGUUGUCCAAGAUAAAGGUUGGACCAUCAUCAAUGGCUUUGUUAGCUAAGGCUGCCUUAAUGGCAAAAUAUGUUGGCAAAAGUGAGGGAAAGAGCUGGACAUAUCAGGAGGCAAAAUCUAUCAUUUCAGAGUCUGUGGAAAUGAGCCAGUCAAUGCCUUUGAAAGAGCUGAGGAAGCUUAUUGAUGAACAGUCUGAGAUGUACCCUCUUGGCCCUUCUAUAGCAAUUACUUAUUUGUCUGUUCUCAAAGAUUGUGAAGUACACUGCACCAAAGAAGGGUUUGAAGUGAAAAGGCUUGGGGGGCUUCAUGUGAUCGGCACAUCUUUGCAUGAAUCCCGUAGAAUAGAUAAUCAGCUUCGUGGUAGAGCAGGAAGGCAAGGGGAUCCUGGAUCCACACGGUUUAUGGUGAGCUUGCAAGAUGAGAUGUUUCAAAAGUUUAAUUUUGAUACUGAGUGGGCUGUGAAGCUUAUUUCAAAAAUUACAAAUGAUGAAGAUAUACCUAUUGAAGGUGAUGCAAUUGUAAAGCAGCUUUUGGCGCUUCAAAUCAAUGCAGAGAAGUACUUCUUUAACAUAAGAAAGAGCCUGGUCGAGUUCGAUGAAGUUUUAGAGGUUCAAAGAAAGCAUGUCUAUGACCUCAGGCAAUUGAUUUUGACGGGUGAUAAUGAAAGUUGUUCUCAACAUAUUUUUCAGUACAUGCAAGCAGUGGUAGAUGAAAUUGUCUUUGGAAAUGCUGAUCCACUGCAGCAUCCAAGAUACUGGAGUUUGGCUAAGCUUUUGAAAGAGUUCAUUGCUAUUGCAGGGAAGCUACUGGACGACUCAUUUGCAUCAAUUACAGAGGAAGAUUUACUCCAAUCUCUUAAACAGCUACAUGAAUCAAAUUCUGUAGAUAUUGACAAUCUUCACCUUCCAAACUUGCCUAAGCCUCCAGAUUGCUUUAGAGGAAUCCGCAGAAAAAUUUCUUCAUUGAAGCGCUGGCUUGCUAUUUGCUCUGAUGAUUCAACAAAGAAUGGAAGGUACCGGCCAACAACUAAUAUUCUCCGCAAAUACCUUGGGGAUAUUUUGAUUGCUUCAUAUUUGAACAUCGUAGAAGAAUCUGGUUAUGAUGAUGCUUACAUAAAAGAAAUUGAGAGAGCAGUUCUUGUCAAGACUCUGGAUUGUUUCUGGAGGGAUCAUCUUGUAAACAUGAACAGGCUGAGUUCUGCGGUAAAUGUAAGAAGUUUUGGGCACAGAAAUCCUCUUGAAGAAUAUAAAAUUGAUGGGUGUCGAUUUUUUAUCUCAAUGCUCAGUGCAACGCGAAGGUUAACUGUAGAAUCACUCUUGCAUUAUUGGUCAUCCCCUAUGGAGUCACAAGAGCUAUUUUUAUCAUAAAAUCAGAUGUUGAUCAAGCUAAGGGAUGUAUCUAGUGCAUUUGGAUUGGAUGAAGUUGUAGUGCCAGUGUCUUCAGUGCAACAAAAUCUCAUCAAUGGUAUACAGAAGGAGAUAACAUAGGACCAUUCUGACUGGGGUAUUCUGUAGUUCUUAUUCCAUUUUUAGUCACUUAUUAAUGAAAGUGCUCCUGUCAGCUUUGAGAAGAAAUACUCUUCUUUGGGUGGCAGGGUGACCAACGGAGUCAGGAUAAUGUCUAGCCACAAGGUUUAUUUAGAACUUGGAUUGUGUAUGCUCUUUCAGUUAAAGUUCAAAGGAACAAGGUUUCCAGUUUUUGGGAAGAUGCAACUGCAGCUGUGCCAAUGAAUUAGAAUGUCCCAGCACAUUGGUCGUUGUAUCACUCAGAGAUACAUAACCUCACUAUGUUUUUGGCCAACUAGUUUCACACUGCUUUUGAAGUGAUCUGCAUUUUUGCAGUAUGCCAAAGGCAAUGCUCUACAAAGACUUUGGUUGUACCAUAAAUUUUAUCACCAAUGAAGAACAUGCCUGUUGUACAUUACCAUCAACAUUUCUCAAUCAUCCUUGCAUGUAUAUAUGUAUUGAGAUCAUGGAAUUUUUAUCAUGUACUACAGCGAAAGUGAAUAUGAAAUUUUUCGUGUAGACUGAAUAAGUUCACA